AUGACAACAGAACCAGGUGAGCCAAAGGAGGACCAGCCCAAAGAGGCAGAGUCUUUCCCUGAAGCUGCUGCCCACUCCACACCUAAACAGGGAGGGGAGGUCAGGCCGUCCCAGACCCCAGCUCAGAGCUCAUUGGCUGAGGACUCGACCAGUCACCUGUCAUCCAACAGUUGGAUCGCUCGCUCUCCAGCCAGAAACCCGCUGAGCUUCCGGACGAUGCAGACCAAAGUGACCCUACUGGAUGGCUCACUGUUCACCUGCACUGUGGAGAAACGUGCUCGUGGUCUUCAGCUGUUUGAGAAGGUUUGUGAACACAUCAACCUGCUGGAGAGAGACUACUUCGCUUUGUCCUUCAGGGAUGCUGACAACAACAAAAACUGGUUGGAUCCAGCGAAAGAGAUGAAGAAGCAGGUCAGAGGUGUUCCCUGGAAUUUCUCAUUCAAUGUCAAGUUUUACCCUCCUGAUCCAGCCCAGCUGUCUGAGGACAUCUCCAGGUACUUCCUUUGUCUCCAGCUCAGACAGGAUAUAGUUUCUGGUCGUCUUCCAUGUUCAUUUGCAACUCACACCGUCCUCGGCUCCUACACCAUCCAAUCAGAGCUCGGAGACUAUGAUCCUGAAGAGUGUGGUUCAGAUUAUGUCAGUGAACUCAGUUUUGCCCCAAAUCAAACAAAAGAAAUGGAGGAGAAGAUCAUGGAGCUACACAAAACAUACAGAGGAAUGACACCAGCUGAAGCAGAGAUGCACUUCCUGGAAAACGUAAAGAAGCUUUCCAUGUAUGGAGUUGACCUGCAUCACGCAAAGAUGGUAGGAAGCCGAUUUGAUUGCUUGCCUUCAGCUAAGUCAGAGGACUCAGAGGGUGUGGCCAUCAUGCUGGGCGUUUGCAGUAGUGGUCUGCUGGUCUACAGAGACAGACUGAGGAUCAACAGAUUCUCAUGGCCCAAGAUCCUGAAGAUCUCAUACAAACGGAACAACUUCUACAUCAAAAUCCGACCUGGAGAGUUUGACCAGUUUGAGUCUACCAUUGGUUUCAAGCUGCUAAACCACAGAGCAGCUAAAAGGCUGUGGAAAGUCUGUGUGGAGCAUCAUUCCUUCUUCAGGCUGAUGUCUCCAGAAGAAACCCCCAAGAAGCUGCUGUCUCUGGGAUCAAAGUUUCGCUACAGCGGUCGAACUCAGAUCCAGAGUCGCAGAGCCAGCGCUCAGAUCUCCAGACCUGCACCACAUUUCCCAAGAUGCAUCAGCAAGAGGAACCUGCUGAGCCGCAGCCUGGAUGGAGCUUCCAGGGCCACGUCCUCUCUGAUUGGCUCUCCAGCCAUCACACUAUCCCCCAAAGCCAAUGGUGAUACACACACAGACAUGGGUACAGGGCUGUAUGGCGCGUCUAAAGCCAUUGCUGUUAGUGACCUCAUCACCACGGUGACACCUGAGAGGAGGAUGGAGGAGAGGACAGCGGAGCAAGUUGAGGACGUUCUGGUAUUAGGGGAGGAGGUGCAGGAGAGGAUGGAGGUGCAUAAAGAGGAGUUGCAGCAGAAUGAGGAAGAGGAGGAGAAAGAGGAGACCAGAGAGACUUCUCAGCAGAGUCCUCUGACGCCUCAGAAACAUGACACCAAGACUGAGCUGACCGAUACAGCUUUGGAUGGAGACCUGACGGUUACUGAGUCUGACCAGGAUGAAGACUUGAAAACUCAGGAAACGUUGGGGAGUCCAGAGGAGGAGCAAAAACCUCAGAGCACCAUCAGCGCUCUCAGACGCUCCUUCUUAGAGGGAGGAGCGGGAGGAGGAGGAGCAGGUGGAGGGAUGACAGAAUGGGAGAAACGUCUUGCCUCCUCACCCCUACGACGAGUAGAUGACUCCCCGAUGAUUGAACCGCUGGAACUAGAUGAGGAGAGCGGAAUCAUAACAAACCUAGUUCUCCCUCAGCCAAUCAGAGAGAAGAGCUAUACUGUAGGGCGUAGCUAUGACACUACCUCUGGCAGGGUCAUCACCAUGACAACAAGGGACGACAGCUCUGAUGUUACCACGACAACAGGGAGCAUCGAGAUGGACAUGCAGGUCAGAAUCAUUCCACUGUCGACUGCCGAUGAUGUCAUCACAGGGGGACCAUUAAUCACGAUCCGUGAGGUGAAGACGCCAACCUCUCCGUCUGAGCUACCGCUCGGUGUCAGUGACUUCAUCAAUGAUGUAACUAGUGGGAAUGACACUAGAGGAGGUGGAGUCAGAAGUCUGGACCUCCAUGGGGGUGGAGCCUCUGUGAUCUCAUGUUUGACCCCACCCGUCCCUCCUAAAUCCCCCUUGGAUGAGUCAAACCCGAGCCCUGCUCCCUCACCAGGUCUGACAGGCAGGACAUCGCCCUCCUUCUCCAGAGUGCCCAAACCGACAUUCGAUGAAAUGUCUCCUGAGCUGACUGCUCUGCUGAGGUCGGCCAGAGAACAAAAAACCUUCAGAGAACACAACCUGCUGAAGACAUCGGAGAAGAUGGAAACGGUCUUCUUGAUGACGGAGCCAUGUGACCAGGACAAGCCAAUGGCAGACCAGCCUCAGGAGGUCCCAGUGAUGAGGAAGACUCUCACCUAUGAAGCUCCGGGGAGCCAAGUGGACUCUGAUCCUCCUGCUGGUUUGUUGCUGAGCUCCCAGACCUUCACUGCAGAGACCUCCAACACCACCACCACCACACACAUUACCAAGACAGUAAAAGGAGGAAUUUCAGAAACCAGAAUAGAGAAGAGAAUCGUGAUUUCUGGAGACACGGAAAUCGACCAUGACCAGGCUCUGGCAGCGGCGCUCAGCGAGGCGCGGCGGCAGCAUCCUGAGCUGUCCGUCACGCGAGUUGUCGUCCAUAAAGAAACAGAGGUCACUCCUGAUCAUGUGAUUAAUUAG